AUCAGAACUAACCUUACUUUGUGAUUUUAAAUUUGUUUUUAUUUAGUUGGAUGUUGGAUGUUGGAUUUUAACAUCUUUUAAAUAUUAUUGUAUAUAGCCACCUUUAUAAGUUGUUAUGCUUCAGGCAAUGGGUUUAUGUAAUUUCAUAUAUAAGCAUAACUACACGAGAUUUGUAAUAAAACAGUAUAUUCAUGUUCAGACUAGUAUUAUAUGCACAUCAAAUAUAAUAAAUCGGCCUCAGAAACUAUAUUCAAUAAAUGAUUUCAUUCAGCGAAUUAAAACUGGAAAGGAAUUCUAUUUAAAACAGCUGGUUAAUGUAUUUAAUACAAUAGAUUUUAAUCAAUUAAAAUCAGAAGAUGCCAUAAUAUUAUUGAAGUGUUGCGGUUCUGAAAUUUUAGAUUCAAGUUCUGAAGUUCGACACAAACUAUGUAAAGAUAUUUUUAAUGGACUAGAUAAAGUUAAUAAUCUGAAUAUUGCUGUUUACAAUUCUUAUAUAAGAACAUGCAAUGAGAAUAAUGCCUAUUUAAAUAAGGAUUUUUUAUUUUCAAUACGUUGUAAACCAGACUCCCAGACAUAUAAAUUACUUAUUGAAAAUGCUUGUCAGUUGGGAAAACUGGAAGAAGCUUAUUCUAUUUUGGAAUUAAUGAAAGAAAAUAACGUGCCUGUUGAUAUAACUAUGUUUAACAACUUAGCUAUGGGAUACGCUUUAAAAUGUGGUUUAGAAGCUACCGAUACUGUAUUGAAUACAAUGAGAUCGGCACAAAUAUUAGAAAAUAAUACAACAAAAAUAUCAAUAUUAAAGGGCUUAAUUAGAAGAAAGGAUUUGAAUGACCUAAAAAAAGCUAUAGAAAGAUUUGAUUUUGAAUUCACAGAAGAUGAUUUUUUAAAAAUUUUACUAGAAUUUGGUCUUGUAGGCAAUGAAGAUAUUUUUUUUGAGAUUAACAAAUUUUAUAAUAAUAUUAUAUUUUCAAGAGAAUUACAAGCAAAGAUAGAGAAAAUAUGUAUAUAUUUAAUUCAUAUGUGCCAGCCAGAAUCAGCCAUGAAAAUCUAUGAAACAUAUGUUACACCGUAUCCGGAAGUUUCUUAUGGCCACAGUAUUUUAAAGGAAAUGUUACAUUGUCGCGUGAAUAUUGAAAUCAUUAUAAGGCUGGCGCAAAACUUAGUAGAGAAGGAUUUAAAUACGCUUAUUUUGGAGAAAUUAACAGUGCUCACCUUAGAAUUAGGAUAUUUAGAUGAAUCAUGGGCGCUAUUUAAAUCGUUAAAAAUUUUGAGAAUCCAUUAUUUUUGGCCUUUAUUCAUUCACUAUGGAAAUAAUGAUGGUGAAAAUGGGAUAUUUUAUACUUUACUACGAAUGAACGAUUAUAACAUGAAGCCAGAUUCCGAAACAUUUAUAAACUUUAUUUUUCCUUUUUGUAAUUGGAACAAUACCAAUUUAUUAGUUACUAAGUUUCGAAAUAGUGGAUUUACUAUUAAGGAAAUUAUAAGACCAUUAUUAGCAUUUGUCUUACAGAAAGACGAUAUUAGUCAAGCUGCAUCUUUAUGUACAUUAUAUAAAAUUAACAUUACAGAUGAUAAAAUACUUCAGUUAUUAUCUAAGUCUUGGUUUACGACUAAAGAUUCCACUUCAGCCUUACAAAUAUUAAAACAAUAUUAUGAGUCAAAAGGAAAAGAGAACGAUUCGGUUGGAGAGUUUUUAAUUAGUUCUUGUACCUUAUGCAAUUCUGUAAUUGAUUUUCAAGAUUUUUCAAAUCUAUUAACGUUAGUUCACCAGAACAAUUUGUCUAUAAGUUCUCGCUCUGCUCAAAAGUUACAGAAUUUUAUAUAUCGUUAUACAGACGAAGAUUUAAAAACUGAUUUAUAUCGUAAUAUUAAUUUAGUAACAAAUAUGAUGCAAGAACUAAAUGAAGAAACUAAUUUGCCUCAUCCGAAAGAUAUGGAUCUUCAGAGCUUAGAAUGCCAUUUAAUUGAAUUAGAAGAAAAAAAGAUGGAAACGAGAGGUGUUAUAAGAAGACUGAUUCAGGUUCAUGCCAAAGACGGAAAUUUACAAAGAAUUCAGGAAUUACAAACAAAACUUUCCGAGUUAGGAUAUGAGUCAUCUGCUGGUAUGAAGAGCUCUAUUAUGCAUAAUUUUGUUUUGGGUGGCUAUGUUGAGGAAGCUCUCAAUAUUUACAAGGAUAUUAAGUCCUUACAUCCAGACUUUUUAUUGGAUAGUUUUAAAUUUAUUGAUUUGGCAGCGUUAUUGUUUAAAAAUGAUAGAUUUGAUGAGGCUCUUCACAUUUUAGAAUCUGAACCUUUAAAUAGAGAUGAUAUAGAUUCAAGAUCAAUUCAGAGGAAUUGCAGAGAAUUGUUAAAUUCCUGUACAAAGUUCGAAGACAUGAUGAAUAUUUUUAAUUUGUUGGUAAAACGUAAAUUGUGCAAUCCAACGAAUGUUAUGUUAGGACCACUUGUAAGAAUUCAUUUAAAUAGUGGACAUCUUGAAAAAACUGUAAGUGCAUUUCUAAAUAUCGCAAACGAGUACAAAUGUACACCUUUGCAGUUAGAAGUGUUAUGCUUUGUUAUAAAAGAGGGAGAUAAGAAGAUUUUAGAAAAAAUUAUAAGUGCUAUAGAAGAUGUUCAUGGUGUGGGUCCUGCUCAAUUAGGAUUGAUUGCAGCAUUGGCAGAAUGUAACAAGGAACAAGAACUAAAAAAGAUUUUAAGGGGAAGGAAAUGCAAUAUCAAGAAUCUUCUAUAUAAACAAUGUAACAGAUGGUUUUUACAGAAAAAAAUUGCCCCAUUAACUUUACUCGCUAAAGCUUCAAAUAAUUUAUCUGAUAAACUUAUCAAUAGAAAAUUCAUAUUCAAGUGUAUUCUAGAUUUACAUAGUUCCAACAAUGAUUUAGAAGGAAUUUCCAAAUUUUACGAAGAUCUCCCAGAGGACUGUCCGGAUCGAAUUAUGAUAGAAAAAUAUAUAGAAAAAAAUAAAAAUAACAGAUUUUAAAUAUACAUUAAAAUAAAACUUAUUUUCAUAUAAACCUUUACAUUAACAUAUAAAUAAUCAUAUUAUUUUUCAUAUUACUUACUUAAAAAUUUUAUGAUAAUUUUGUGCGAAUAAAAGGAGAAUAUGGUACAUACAAUAGAGGAAUUAUUAGGAAAUAAUUUACUUUUUCUGGAAAUAUGUAUAUAUAAUAACCUAUUUUCCUUAUUUUCAUAUAAAUACCAACAAAUUAUAGUGACAGUGUUGAUAAUCGCUA